ACCCACAAUGCUAAAGUAGGCCGCCAUUUUGGUGUUUGAUGCAUCUUGCGUACAAAGACGUCUGACCUGUCAGCAGACAAGAUGGCAGACACUUAUAACAGUUAUCAACCAGACUACAGCUUUGACAAUGGACAUUAUGACGAUGGUCAAGGAGAAAGCCAGUCUCAGGUUGGAGAUUUUGACAGUGGUGUAGACAUGAGAGGAGUGGACUAUGGUAGAGACACCAGAACAAGGGAGCUUGAUUAUAGUCGAGAUAAUGGCAGAGGCAGUGAUUAUGUUUAUGAUGGUGGUCGAGGGGGAGGUGAUCGAGGUGGAGGCUAUAGCAGAGACGGAAUGAGGGGAGAUAUCACAGACAGCAACAGAUUCAGUGAGGGUUAUGAUGAAAACAGAGGUUCCAGCAGAGACCGUGAAAGAGAAAGAGAGAGAUCAAGACGGGAUAGAGAUGGACGUCGUGAACGAAGGCAUCCAAGAGAUCGUGACCAUGAAAGAAGUCGAGAACGCAGAGAACGACGUGAAAGAGACAGAAGCCCAUCAAGUAGAUAUGAUGACAGCUACAGCUUGGAUGGCAGUGAAGGAGAUAGCCAGAGUUACCGUGACAGGGAACGUGAUGCAAGGGACUUGCGAGAGGACCGUGGCGGAGAAAAAUGGAUGACAGACACUCCCACUAACACAGUGCUGCUACGUGGAUUACCACCACAGGUUGAUGAGAAAGACAUUCGAGCUGAGUUGAUGAUGUUUGGUGCCCCUGUUAAGGAUGUGAGGCUAAUGCGUAGAAGCACAGGUGCCUCCCGUGGCUUUGCAUUUGUGGAGUUUCAGAACGUAACAGACGCCCAACGUUGGAUGGAUCAGAAACAGGGGGCGCUGAACAUGCUGAAUCAGUAUCACGUGAGCAUGCACUACAGUACGUCACGAGUUGGCCCAGAGAAGUUUGUGCAGCAUAAAACAGACUGGACCUGCAGCAAGUGUGGUGUUCAUAACUUCAAGAGAAGAGAUUACUGUUUCAAGUGCAAUAUUUCCAGAGAUGAAUCUGACAAGACAAAAGACGGAGAUGGCUUUGACCAAGUAGGAACUAAUCCAUGCAAUACUCUCAUAUUUCGAGGUCUUGAUGCACUUACAACAGAAGAGUCCCUUGACGUAGCAUUACGAUUACAAACAAAUCUCCAGUCUAAGAAUGUGCGCAUCAUUCGAGACCCAGUCACAAACACAUCCAGGGGCUACGGGUUCUGUGAGAUGAAUUCCAUUCAGGAAUCCACACAAGUUAUAGAUUUCUUGACUCAAAACAAUGUUCCUUUGGAAGUAGAUGGCAAACAAGUUCUCACAUCGUAUGCAAAGAACACUUUCUCCACUGUAAUGGCAACCUUAAACAGUACCCCUCAAAAUCCAGCAUGGGACUUCAACAGUCAACAAGUAGCGGGAGCUGGACAACCAGGUAGCGAGUACUACAACCAGCUGUACCAGGCCGGAGUCACAACAACCACACCCCCCACAACUACAGUCCCGUCGUCAGGGGAACUUGAUCAGACCUACUACGAUCAGGCAACAGGACAGUACUAUGAUACUCAGAGCUAUGAAUACUCCCAGUAUUACAGUCAGUUUGGACAGUCUGGCUCACAGUCACUGCAGACGGACUCUACAAAUGCUGCAGCAGCAGUUGCCCAGGCUGCUAUUGCUCAAGCCAAUGCUGCCAAGAACUACAACAAACAGACCCCAGGUCCUAAGAAAGCUGAGCCAGUAGUUGAACAGCCAGCCACCCCACCUGCUAGAAACAAGGAAGUCCUAGCAUAUCCGGCUCCAGAUGUGUCCACGUACCAGUUUGAUAAGAGUUCAGGAUACUAUUACGAUCCAUCAACAGGCCUCUACUAUGAUGCCAGUUCACAGUACUUCUACAACCCUCAGACCCAGCAGUUCAUGUACUGGGAUGCUGAGAAGUCCACAUAUCUCCCUGCACCCACACAAAACGACCCCAAUGGUGAUAGUGGUGAAGACAAGAAAGAUAAAAAGGACAAGAAGGAAAAGGUCAAAAUAGCCAAAAAAAUAGCUAAGGACAUGGAGAAAUGGGCCAAGUCUCUGAAUGCUCAGAAAGAGAUGAUGAAGGAGGGUACAAGGAAGAUCACCAUUAACACUGGUGGCAUCGGAGGCUUCAGGAAGGAAGAGCGAGAGUCUGCCACAGCAGAUGCAGGAUUUGCCAUCCUGGAGAAAGCUAAGGGUGAGGACAAGAAGUUAAUGCCACCACCACCUUUGGUAAGGAGCAAGCCCGGGUUGGUGGCAUCCUAUGGUGGAGACAGUGAGGAGGAGGAUGAUGACAGUCAGGGUGCGGCAAUGUCUUCCGGUCGUCUAGACGAGACCAAGUUGGUGGACUGGGGCAAGCUAGCCUGCCUGUUGUGCAAGAGACAGUUCCAGUCAAAGGAGAUCCUGACAAAACACAUGCAGUUCUCAGACUUACAUAAGCAAAAUCUAGAAUCUCUGCAAAGAAGCAAAGGAGGAAGUGAAGAAAAGAAAGAGUAUCGAGACAGAGCAAAGGAGAGACGUCAGAAAUAUGGUGCUCCUCAACCACCAGAACCUAGAAACCGUUAUCAGCCACCUGCAGUUUAUGAAGAGCCAACCAAGGCAGGGCUUGGCGGUGAAAACAUCGGCAAUAAACUCAUGCAGAAGAUGGGAUGGUCAGAGGGCAUGGGGCUUGGCAAGAAAUCCCAGGGCAUUGUCGACCCCAUUCAGGCUAAGCGGCGGGUUCAGAACACAGGUCUAGGACUCAGUGGUUCCAAUGUUGUGUCAGAAGUUGGAGACUCCUACAAAGAUGCUGUCAAGAAAACCUUCUUCGCUCGAUACAAUGAACAGGAUUAACAGUGGAAAAACCUAAUUGUAUAUUUUGUAAAUCUUGUACAGUGUACAUAUGUUUCAGAUUCAAUCAUGUCUACACCAUUCAUCACAAUGUACUUACCAUGGCAUAAAAUAUGAAACUUUUA